UCUCUUCCCUCUUCUCUCCGUGCUCUGCUCGCGGACAUCGAUGAGCGCUGGAUCGUUGGUGAACGUGUGAACCCUUCUUCUUGAGUUUUGUCCCUCUUGCUUGUCUCGUUGCGGUUCCCUUCCUUCCUUCCUUCCUGUUCCCCAAUGGCUGAAACCCUAGCCCUGCGUCCCGAGCCGGCCCGGGAGGCCGAUGCCGGCAAUGCCGGUAACAAUGGCGGCGGUGGCGGUGGGGGUGGUGGAGGAGGAGCGGGGAGGGCGGAGAUCGACACGUCGGCUCCGUUCGAGUCCGUCAAGGAGGCGGCGAGCCGGUUCGGCGGGAUGGGUUUCUGGAAGCCCUCUCAUCUUCUCAAGUCCCCUGAAGCUCAGAACGGGGAAGAGGUUGACUUAGUGAAACUGGAAGAGCAGGCGGCACAGCUGGAGAAGGAUCUGAUUGUCAAGGAGCGUGAGACUUUGGAUGUCUUGAAGGAGUUGGAAUCGACAAAAAUAAUUGUUGAAGAACUUAAAGCAAAGCUUCAGAAGGAAACAUCCGAAAUGAAUGCCGCACUUGAGAUGAGUGUGAGAGAUGGAAAUGGUGAUCCUAUGGAACAUGAAGCUGAAAAGGAAAACCACUAUGAAGGCGGUUCACUGAAUAGACAGGGUGGCUCAGGUUCCUGCCCUUCUUCAUCCCCGGGGUUAAUUCUAAUGGAACUGAAACAAGCUAAGUUGAACCUUACCAGGACCACUAAUGAUCUCAGCGAUAUCCGCGGUUCUGUAGAUUUGCUUAAUAAGAAACUAGAGAAGGAAAGGGUUUCCCUUGAGAAGACUCGGGAGAGGUUGACUCAGAACUCGUCGAAGAUGUCUUCACUUGAGGAAGAGCUAAACCGGACGAGACUAAAGUUGCAAAUGGCAAAAGAAGCAGAAACUAAUUCACCACCUGAUGGCCCUUCUGCUCUUACAAGGGAGUUCCAUCGCUUGAGCUCUGAGGCAGAGCAGUUCAAGAUAGUGGCAGAAGCUGCGAAACUUGAGGUUCAGAGAGCCAUAUCUGAGAUUGAGCAGACGAAAACUAAAAUUAGAACAGCCGAGAUCGGGUUGGUUGCAGCUAGAAAAAUGAAGGAAGCUGCUAGAGCGACAGAAGCUGUUGCUCUUGCCGAACUUAAGGCUUUAUCAAAGACUGAGAGCUCAAUGGGUGAAGUGACCCUAACAUCUGAAGAUUACUCUUUUCUAACCUCCCAAGCUCGUGAAGCAGAAGAAAAAUCUAAGAAGAGAGUAUUGGGCGCGAUGCUCCAAGUCGAUGCGGCAAAUAUUUCUAAAAAGGAGAUAUUAAAGAGGGUAGAGGAGGCGACAGAGGAAGUAAAAAUAAGCAAGAAGGCUUUAGAAGAAGCUCUUUGUAGAGUGGAUGCCGCUAAUCGUGGAAAGCUCGCUGUAGAGGAGGCUCUUCGGAAAUGGAGGUCUGACCAUGGUCGCAGAAGACGUUCACUACAUAAAUCAACCAAGUUUAAAAAUUCUGGCCCCUCUCACCAGAGGAGAGAUUCCCGCCUUAUUGAAGCGGGUGAACUGAAUAUGGAUGACAUUGAGGUGUCAAAACCUGUUCUAAAGCCAACUCUCUCCAUUGGACAAAUCCUGAGCAGGAAGUUGCUUCUAGCUGAAGAGUUUGAAUCAGGGAAAUUGUCUGGAAAGGACGAUGUGAAACGGAAGGUUUCACUGGCUCAAAUGCUUAGUAAGCAAAAUGACGUGCCUAUUUCUCGAAGGCCUAGGGAGGAAUGUGGUCAUAAGCAGCAGUUGUCGGCCAAGAGGAAGAAAUUUGGCUUCGCACGGUUCUCGCUGCUGUUGGCGAAGCAGAAUAAGAAAAAGCAGAAGCCAUUGCCCAAUUAGAUCAACGGAUGUCGGGAAAUUCAAUUAGUCGAUCGCUAACUGCAGUUUCUGUUCUAACUCACGUUUUGGCUAGCGUUCUCGCUAUUCGGGCUUAUGUUUUUUUAUUUUAUUAUUCUGUGGGAGUUCAAUAUAAUUUCUUAGUUUGUUGUUUGGCUAGGCCUUGUUUACGCAAUUGGGUCCCCAGAUUCCACGGUGGGGAUUGGUGAUGACUCCAGAUUUGUACAUGAUCUAGUUUGCAUUUGUGCCUAAUCAAGUACCGAAUGUUGUUGUG